GAUGCUUUCCUCGCCCGCCCUCUCGGGUCCGACGGCCCUCAGACGAUGGGAACGGGAGCCGCCUCGUCUUCCAUCUGACAGUUUGCCUAGAACAGUUGACCAAAUUUAAAAGACAUCCAGCUUUUGUCUUUGUGGAAAGAUACCUGAAAGAAAGUUGAAGCAUAUUAGUCUGCCCUUGUUUUCAUGUUCUGUGAUUCAUAGCUUCGUAGCUCAGUAUGACUGGAGACUUAGGGAUAAAAGAGUACUUGGAGUGAAAGGAGUCUCUGGGACUUAGAUCCUGAUUCUGAGAUGGAGAAAUCAGGUUCAUCUUCUACCAUCUCUGAAUGGCAGCUGCAGAGGCAGGAGGGUCUGACCAGCACCAAAGCAGACUUGGCUGAACAGAGUUUCAUUUCAUCAGAGAAAUGGCUUCAACUGUAUGGGCUUAAGAGCAAAAAAUUGACCUUGAAACAGAUUUUGUCACAGAUUGGAUUCCCACAUUGUGAAGAUUAUGUGACUUCUCUGGGGAGGCUUGUGGCUUCUCGGUAUGCCAAUGGCCUGUUUCCACAGUUCUACAGAGCAGAAGAUGGCAGAGUGUACAAUCUGACAGCUAAAUCAGAAGUGAUCUAUCAGUUCGUGGAAUAUUUAACACAAGCUGUGGAAAGCUACAAGCAGCGGAUGGACUGGCUCACCAGCAGAAGCCGGCAGAUUUUUGGUGUCAUCUUGGAAAAGUGCAUUACCAUAGUGUUGGAUUUUGGUGACAUUCUGGAGGAGGAGCUUGAUCUGUGCCGAGAUGCUUUAAUAAUGAUCCUCCAGGAGCAGGUGGCCCACAUAACAAAGUUCAAUAUCAUACAGGUUUCUCAGGAGCCGGUGAAAUGGCAGGAAAAUGCUAUUCCUGUGACAGAACAAUCCAUAGUUGCUGCCAUCCACUGGGUUAAGAAAUUGACUGCUAAGCCGACUUUGAGUGGGUUUAGCCACCUGGAUGCUCUGCUGGAAGCUGGGAAGGACAAAACUAUCGAAUCCAUUUACUACUUUGUGGUGGGGGACGUUCCUGAGGAAUCCAAGGAGCUUCUCCUCCAAGGGGCUUUGGAGAUCCCAUAUCCAGUCUACACAGUGUCCUUCAAUGCCAGAGGAGAAGGCACUAUAGCUUUCCUAAAGGAGCUGAGUGCCAAGACCCACAGCAGGUUCCAUGCAUUUGCUGAAAGAACAGAGUGUGUGUUAUUUCCCGCAUUCCACACAAAGGAUGGUGACGGUGUGAUGUCUUGGAAUUCAUGGAAACUGAAAGGAAAACUCCCUCCAGGAGCUGGUGUCAGAGAGGACGUGUUUCUCAUUUGGAGGGAGCUAAAAGAAGCCUGCAGCACCCUGGCCCAGAUCCAGAGGCUGGUGGCCGAGCCGCCCGAAUCAGACGUGGCCACAAUAGACUGCGAGUCAGAAGCAACCUCUGUCAAGAUCACAUCAAAUCCAGAAGACAUCUGGGACUCUAAGAAGUGGCUGCAGAAAUAUGGCUUGAAGGCCCAGAAGCUGUCAUUUUAUGAUGUCCUUGCAGAUUGCUCCUUCCGCCACGCCGAUGGAGUUGUUGAUAUAAAAGCCAAACCAGAAAAUGAGUCCGUGCAGACCAGUGCGGAGACCUACAAGAAGACAGUCCAUGCCAAAUAUUGCAGCAAGUUUGUCCAUGCUCCCUGGAAGGAUGGGAGCUUGGUCCAUGUCAACAUCACCAAGGAGAAGUGCAAGUGGUACAGUGAGAGAAUUCAUGAAGUUCUGGCCCAGAUCCAAAGGAGGAUCAAAUGGCUACAGGAUAGCAGUCAAAUCCUCUUUGGAAAAGUGCAUAACGAUUGCAUCUACAUCCUCAUUGAUACGUCUCACUCGAUGAAGAGCAAACUGGACUUGGUGAAGGACAAGAUCAUUCAGUUCAUACAGGAACAGCUGAAAUAUAAAAAUAAAUUCAAUUUUGUGAAGUUUGAUAGUCAAGCAGUUGCUUGGCAAGAAAAACUUGCUGCAGUCAAUGAAGAUAAUUUGGAAAAGGCUCAGUCCUGGAUUAGAGACAUUAAGAUUGGAAGUUCCACAAAUACCCUGAAUGCCCUGCAAAUUGCUUUUGCUGAUAAAGAAACACAAGUAAUCUACCUUUUGACAGAUGGGAGACCUGAUCAGCCACCUGAAAUGGUUAUAGAACAAGUCAAGGAUUUUCAGAAAAUUCCUAUUUAUACCAUCUCCUUCAAUUACAAUGAUGAGGUUGCAAAUGGAUUUUUGAGAGAGCUUGCUUCUUUGACUGGAGGAAAGUUCCAUUUUUAUAAUUUUGGUUAUAAGGACCUUGUUUCUCCAGAGGUUGUUCAGAAUGAAGAUCUGACUCUUUUAGUUAAGGAAAUGGAACAAGGGCAGAGUGACCUGGAGAAGGUGCAAGACCUUUAUUCCGAAUCCUUGAUCAUGGACUGGUGGUACAAUGGGGAAAAGGAAGGUGACAGCAACAGGCAUCAAAAGGAAAUCUGUUCUAUGGUUUCAACCCCAGAAAAAUGUGCAAAACUUCAAUCUGAUGUUGAAUCAAUGCGAACCUCAUCUCUGAAUAUAUUGAAAGGACCAUUGGGCCUUUUGGAUCAAAAGAUUCAGAAAAAGAAAGUCCUCCAUGCAGAAUCAACCAAAACCAGCCUGCUCAGAAGCCAGAUGGCCACCCUCAAGAGCUCAGAUUGCAGUGAAAGGAAGAAUGGCUUCUCCAAUUCUUCUCCAAGUGACAAAGGCAAGCCAGAAAGGGUCUCUAUCCCAGGAAGCCCAGCCUGCCUCCCUUUGCCCAGUGCAUUCCUGAAAGGACUAGAAGUAAGCAUCCUACUGGCAAAUGAGUGCCUGGAUGACAAAUCAUCGGAAAGAUUGAUCCGAAAAGGAAGCCAAGUUUAUGAUGGUUUUUUAGAUGUAUCUUCAGAACACUGGCUCAAGACCUAUGGCUUGGUCGCCAAGAAACUGACCAUCAUGGAUGCCUUGUCAGUGACUGCGGUCCCCCACAGCUCAACCUACAUCCGAGUUCUGGACAAGCAUGUUGUUUCCAAGGUCUUUGAUGAGGUGUUCCCUCUGGCACAUGUGUGCAGUGACACAAAUAAGAUGACAUUAAUUAACCCACACGGAGUCAAGCUCAAUAUCUACAAGCAAAAAGUGGAAAAGGCAAUUAAGUCCUAUGAAAAACGCUUGAAUAAAAUUGUUUGGCAAGCAUUAUCUCCAGAGGAAAAACAAAGGUUAGAUGCAGACAAACCAAUGCAGUACUUGGAAAACAAGACAGUUUUAAACCAGGCAUUACAACGGUCGAAUUGGCCCAUUUCAUUGAAAGAGUUGUCGAUACUAGAAAAUGAAAUCCUAACUGGGAAAAUGUAUAUCCAUCAGGCCAUGGAACUCCAGGAGGCUGCCAAGAAGAAUUAUUCGAACAAGGCACUAGAAGUGCAACACAAAUCAGAAGGAAACCCAACAAAGAAAAUUCAAUCAAAAAAAACAGAUCCCCUCAAAGGCCAGAAGGUUAUUGCAAGAUGUGAUGAAAAUGGCUUUUAUUUUCCAGGGAUUGUGAAGAAAUGUGUGAACUCCACUCAAGCAUUGGUGGGCUUCAGAUACGGAGAAACAAAGGUCGUGUCCACCUCAUUCAUCAUGCCUGUGGGAGGCGCCAUGCCCUGCCCACUACUCCAGGUUGGAGAUUACGUGUUUGCCAAAAUUGUAUCACCCAAAGGAUUUGACUUCUAUGUCCCUGCCAUUGUCAUAGCACUUCCAAAUUCAAAUGAGGCUGCAGAAAAACUCUACACAGUUUUGAAGUGUAACAACCGGACAGAAUUUUGCGUUCGGAGUGCACUUAUUAAGAUCAGCCAAAACAAGUAUGCUCUCUCUUGCUCUCAUAUAAAGUCACCUCCAAUUCAGCAGGAUCCAAAUGUAGAGAAUGUGGGAAUGAGCAACUCAGCUCUCCUGCCCUGGCCACUGAAGGAAGUUGACACUGGGUAUUCAAGAGAGCAGAGACAGGAGAACCCCAGAAGGAAGAAAAAGAGACCUGCCAAGAAGCCGCUUCUCCAGGAGAUGGUGUCGGAUUCAGACAGCUCUUCCCAUGGCACCAGAAAACUGCCCUUGGCCGGAGGCCUGGGCCUCAGCCCACCAUGCCAUCGCUGCUGCACCUCAUCCUCAAGCAGCCUCUCACUGUCCUCAUCAAGCCACUCACCGCAGGGAAGAGCUAAGAACCGUCGCUGAGAAGCCAUAGUCUAGUGGCAGCUAUGUUUGAGAGAGCCAGCAUUCCUCCAGGGCUGCCCAGACCUAAGCCCUCGACACUGUGGAACUAGUCCCCCUGCUGAGUCUGUUGUAGGUACCUCUAAAUGAGCACGAAACCAGAAUAAAAAGUCUUACAUUGAGAAACAUUUCAAAA